AACCGGUCAUUAACCUUCUGUGUAUCCCGCGAGACGUGCGUAGCCUAGCCGAUAUAUCGUGUGUACGUAUCGCCGUCGAGUAAUCAAAUGCCCGCGACGGGUUUGCGGUGAAAACUCCAGCGGAGAUUUAAUGGGGAUGGCGUAAAUCCGACGACACCUCUAUCGACUUGGGACGCGUAAGCAGCGGGCGAGACACUCGUCGCACGUGUCGCUUCCGUAUUGCACGAGACCGCGCAAAUGGUGCGACUGCCGCGUAACGCGUACGCCAGGUUGUUGAGAUCUUGCGAGAAGGUCUCCUAAGGGGGAGCAACUCCGACGAGCGGUCCCGUACGCGCGCCACCCUCGAGAGCGGUCCUUGCCAGCCAGAAUGGCAGAAAAUCAGAGUAACUCGUCGAGCCAAAUUGGCCAAGGUUCUGGCAGAUCCCUCACUUUUCCACGAAUGGAUUUUCGAACGAACAAUGACGUUCAGAACGAAAUGUCAGAAAGGCGGAGACAGUUGAAGCUUAGUUUUCAAACGCAGGGGAAUAAUUUGUCAUUUGCUAAUUCCACAAACUCCUCGUUGUCAAAUUCGAUGGGAGCCACGGCGUGUCCACCAAUUUCCUCCCGCCCAAGUUUGCCUUUAUCUUUACCUAAGCUGCCAGUCAGACCUCGCAAUAUGUUACAGCAACAAGAAUUUCUUCCCGACAAGGCGAGAGACAAGCUGCGAAUGUGCCAGUCGAUGCAAACCACUGGUAAAUUGCAAUUAUCUCCGGACAUGGUGUACGAUUUCACAAGCGAGGAUCUUCAGGACCUUGGAGAAAUAGGGAGGGGAGGAUUUGGCACUGUAAAUAAGAUGAUUCAUAGGAUAAGCAAUACCGUUAUGGCUGUGAAGCGAAUUCGCUCUACCGUGGACGAGAGAGAACAAAAGCAACUGUUAAUGGACUUAGAAGUUGUGAUGAAAUCGAACGAAUGCCCAUGUAUCGUGCAAUUUUAUGGAGCUUUAUUUAAAGAGGGGGAUUGUUGGAUCUGCAUGGAGCUCAUGGACACGUCGUUAGAUAAAUUUUAUAAGUUCAUCUAUGAGAGAUUAAACGAGAGGAUACCGGAAUGUAUUCUAGGCAAAAUUACCGUGGCUACGGUGAAAGCGCUAAAUUACCUCAAGGAGAAACUAAGAAUAAUUCACAGGGAUGUGAAACCUAGUAAUAUUUUAUUAGAUCGUCGAGGUAACAUCAAGCUGUGCGACUUCGGCAUAUCCGGUCAGCUCGUCGACUCGAUCGCGAGGACGCGAGAUGCCGGCUGCCGACCGUACAUGGCUCCGGAGAGAAUAGACCCGCAACGCGCGCGUGGCUACGACGUGCGAAGCGACGUGUGGUCGUUGGGCAUCACGUUAAUGGAAGUCGCCACCGGAUACUUCCCGUACCCGAAGUGGAACUCUGUCUUCGAGCAACUUUAUCAAGUAGUGCAAGGCGAUCCGCCACGUCUUUCCCCCAAUGAGAACGGCAACCACUUCACCAUGGACUUCGUCAACUUUGUGAACACGUGCUUGAUUAAAGAGGAGACGCAGCGACCCAAGUACAAUAAAUUGCUGGAGCAUCCGUUCAUCCGGCGAGCGGAGGAGGCGACGAUCGACGUCGCAGCGUACAUCAGCGGCGUCCUCGACAAUAUGGCUAAUAACGGGGUGACGCCGUUCACAACCAAUCAACCUUAAGGAUUCGAUGACACGAAGGGCACACGUCACACCUUACAAUACCUCGGAUUUUGCGCUCCUCUUCAGCCUCUCACUCUCGAUUGCCGUUUAGCGACAUCACCCGAUGAUCUAGCGUCUACCUGGCCAAACUGGACGGCGAUAGUUCUCCGUUAUCCGUAUGUCGUUCGGUUUUUAGAGCUGUACGAUUCACCGAACGACUCUGCACGCGAAGCGGACGGAGAUGUGCGCAUCGGUGCGAGCUGACAUUCGUUAAAUAAUAUAUAUAUACAGGGUGUCCCAUUUUAUAUUUGUCAGUAAAA